AUGCAUCGCUUGGAGACUAAAAUAAAUUGCCCAAAAAACAUUUCUUCGUCUAAAAAACUAGUUUUUUCCCCAUAUUCCAAUGUGGCCGGUGGCAGUAAAAGCUUACGGUUAAAGUGUUUGUAAGUUGUACUUUCAAUGUUGUUGUCUAUUGGGUUAAAAUCUUCCCUUAUGAUCUUGUUUAUGACCACGCACACGGAUAAAACUAAAGAUCGAGUAUUGGUCUCUUGGUCCGUUAUUUCAGCCGGUCCUCUCGUUAUUAUAUUCCCGCACGAUUAAUAAUGGGUUCUACCAUCAUUUCUGUGUGAACACAUGACUUUUUUGACCUUUGAAAUUUGAUAUUAUACUAGAAGAAAGUUUCAGAUUAAACAUGACGGAAGCCCCAUCCGACACUGCCAAUCAUCAGCGAUUGGAUGAGAUGCUCCUGCAUCUCACUCCUAUUGGUGCUGUGAUUCCAUAUUCGAUCUGCUUCGAUUCGGAGGGCAGUCUUUGGGUGGCUUCCAAGGGUGGGAUCUUCAAGAUUAAUAAGGACACCAAAGCGGUGUUAUGGGAGAAAAGGAACGAGUUUCCUAAGAAGAUGAUGGCUUUUUGUCAGAUUCAUGCUUUCCAGGACAAGGUACGUAUUUUGGACAUAUUUUUUACUGAAUUUAGGUAAUCCACAUCCAAACUGGCGAAGGUGAUCUGACCGAGUUCCGGAUCCUAAACCUUGAUGGAUCAGUUGAAACAGAGAGUUUUAUCGAUGGAAAAGUCCAAAGCUUUGUGAUCAACACGAAAGGAGACAUGUUCUUGACGAAACAGCCUGUUGCCGGAGAUGAGUUCUUGAUAUAUAAAACAACAUUCGACUGUCCUAUUGGAUGGAAUGAUUUUUGCUCGGCCUACGACUACUGCUUUCAAGCACUAUGCCUAUUAGACGACGAUACUCUGGUUGCAGCGACAACGACUGUCCCUAUCAACAUCUGUUCAAAGUAAUAUGUUACACAUGAUGUUAAUUUGAAUUUUUUUCGGAUUUUUUGUUUAUGCCUCAAAUUUCAUGGAUUUUUUUUGUUGAUUCUUAAUUUUCCAGGCAAACGCUCAAGAUUAUCGAUGCGAAUUCAGGGAAGAUUCUUCAAAGCUUUAGUGAGGCGGGCAAAUCUGAUGGCCAGAUCUUUUUCCCAAGAUCCAUUCAAAGGUAAGUCAUUUUCUUUUGAAUUUGUUCUGUCCAUAGAGCCAGCGAAACUGAAGAUAUUGUAGUUAUAACAACGAAGUCCUAGUCAUGGAUAAAACCGGAAGAUUUCAACGAUUCAACAAGGAAGGUAAAUUCCUGGGUAUCGGUGCAGAAAUUGAUUCAUAUCUCGGUAAUGGAUUCAUCGUACAAGGUGAUGAAGCGAUCGUUGUGUGCUCAGGAAUAGUCCUCGCACCUGACGGAGAGACGGUCUGUGAUGAUUGGCUUGAAGCCGUCAAAUUGGACGGAUCAAAAUGGAAAACAACCGGAAAGCCUCAAUGA